CAACGUUCUAGACACAUUAUGGCCUCCACUCACACUCUAACUACUCUAUACGUCGGACGGAACUCAGAAUCGAGCUCUCGGAAUCACGUUUAGAAUUUAGGGAACUUACAAAAAAAACAAAAUCCUCAAAAAAUUAUUUUGUGAAUUCUUCUUCUAAUUUCGGCAAUCGAUAUUCGGCUAUUUCUCCUCUCAAUCUCAAUCUCCAACUCCGUCCGCGCGCCACCUUACACCUAACACCUAAACACCUUACACCCAAACACAACAAAACACAACACACCAAAAAAAAAACCUUCGAAAAAGGAAUCUUUUUAGCUCGAUUUGGAACAGAGAUCAGAGAUAUAUAAUAUAUAUAAUAUAUGUAUACGAUAGAUCGGUGGAAACAAGGAAAAGAAAGCGCAGGUAAUCCGAAAACUGUACGAACGAAGGAGGCGAGAAAGAGGUCCGAUAUAAAUCGAUAAAUAUCGAUCUUCGAUAACACAAAACUUCAGCGUUGAAACCGUGCCAAAAUUAUAAAAAUAUAAGAAAGGAACACCACUUCAAUUUUUAUACUUAAAAUCGGCAAGUCUCUAGAAUCUCCAGAUGGACCUGGAACUGGACCAAGUGCGGCAUCAGAAUCAGAGCUAUGCCGGCAGCUGCUCCUCAGGUCGCCACAGCCAGUCGAUGAACCGCCUUAAUCUCCUGGACAAGACGCUGCCCAUUCCGGUGGCCACCGCCCCCCAAUUGCGUGCCCGCCGCCAGUUUAGCUUCAACGGGACGCGGUAUGUGACGAGCGGUCUGUCACCGAGCAGUCAGCAGCAUCUGGUCAGGAUCAGGGCGGGUCAGGACGUGAGUCAUGCGAUUCGGAUGCCAGGCGACGGUGGCACCACCAAUCUCAGUGUCAGUGGCAGUGGCAAUGGCGGUGGUGGUGUUGGAUCCUAUGAGGCGGCUGGCGGCGACAAUUCUGAUCACAAGCAGGAACUUCCCAACCGGAUCUCCCUGGGCGACCGAGGGGGAGGCGGCGGUGGCGGCGGAGGAGGAGGAGCAGGAGGAGCAGGUCAGCGGGUGCGCUAUCCCCGGAGAACUGACAACGAAACGAGAGGAUCGGGAGGUGUGAGUGGAGGCGGUACUGUACGUCGCAAACAAAGCACCUCGGAGGAGGACUUGGUCGAGGAGGAGUACUACGAGGAGAUGGUUCUGGCGAAGAGCUACCACCGGGAACCGGAGCCACGAGAACCCAGCAGCGGCUACGACCAGGCGGACCAGGAGGCUGAGCCGCCGCGGUGGCGACGCACCAGAGUCCUGAAGGAGGGACCCGGAGCCGGCACCGAAGUCUCCGGCACCAGUCCCCACCGGUAUCCCCGGAGGGCCCAGAUCUUCAAUCCCCAGAACCGCCUCAACCUGGCCCAGUCGAUACUGAAGACCCGCAUGGAGGAGCGCCAGAUGGAGGCCGAGCGGAAGGCCAACCUGCAGAAACUCCACCUGAAUCCCGAAGUCAACCAGAAGCUGAACUCGAAUCUAAUGUCGAACGUGAACCUCCAUCCGCACCAGCUCCACCACCAACGGGUUAAGAGUCCACCCUUGAACGCCGGGAUCCUCAAUCCGCGUCCCAAUCUGGUGUCGAGGCUGCCGCUGAAGCUGAUGGAGGGGCCGGCGGCGGCGGCUGGCUCCAAGAUGGACUACAUCACCUUGGCCGGACUGGUGCUGGGCUGCCUGGUAUCGUACGCCCUGUUCUUCCUGUGCUGGUACUUUAGUUGGCUUAAGAAUCGGGUGGUCGGCCUGCGGAAGAGAUUCCUCGGCCAGGCCAACCUCUGGGAAUUCUUCGAUCUGGAGGACACCACCCGGUACUCGGUGCAGACCAAACUGAUCCUGGCCCCGGUGAUCAUUGUGUGUGCGCUGCUCUACUGCGUGGUGAACAUCCUGCAUCUGGUGGUGCAGGUGGUGCGCUCUGAUGUGCCGCGCACAGUGGUUAUCUUUGUUCAUCGGAUGGCCAACAGCGGCCUCCUCGGCAGCCUCACCACUGGCAUGGGACUGGGUCUCGCCCACGUUCCCCACCAGCGAUGGGCUUAAAUCUCCUUCUUUAUAGCUCCAGAGUCCCUCUAGGGGGGCGAUGGAAACUCUACAACCAACCGGAGCAGUCUCCCGGAGGCUGAGAUUAGGAAACUGUAGGAGGAAUCCUAGAGAAUACUUAUCGGAGAACCAUAUAUUGCACCUCUCUUGAAUCUGGUCGCGGUCAUUCGUCAUGUGUUUGGUCGCUUCUAAAUAAAAUAAUGUAAAAAGAA